GAAGUUAAAAAGUUAAAAUUUAAAACACCUUCCUUGCUUUAAUCGAAAAAGAUAAGAGAUUUUGAUUCGGUAGGACUUAGGAGGUAGAAGAAGAUUAGAGAAGAAAUAUUACGUCAUAAUAACUGCUAUCACGUUAGUUGAUUAAUAGUGGUGGCAGUGGGUGGUGGUGGCGGCAGCGAGCGUGCUGUGUUUCUUGGAUCUGAGUUCCGAGCAGUUCAAAGUGACAAGUGAAGAAGAAGAAGAAGAAGAAGAAAAGGAGGAGGAGGAGGAGGAGGAUGACGCUAUUUCACUUCUUUAACUGCGCGAUUCUCACCUUCGGCCCCCACGCCGUCUACUAUUCCGCCACCCCCUUAUCUGAGUAUGAUACACUCGGCACCUCUAUCAAAGCCGCCGUAGUUUAUUUAGCAACUGCAUUGGUUAAGCUCAUUUGUCUGGCUACUUUUCUCAAGGUAUCUGAAAGCGAUAGCUUCGAUCCAUAUCAGGAAUUAUUAAAGGCUUUAAUAGGUUUCAUAGAUGUUGCGGGACUUUAUUUUGCCUUGGCCCAGUUGACUCACAGGAACAUCUCUCAGAAUCACAAAUUCCAAGCAGUUGGACUUGGUUGGGCAUUUGCUGAUUCUGUUCUACAUAGAUUGGCACCUCUUUGGGUGGGUGCUAGAGGAUUAGAAUUUACUUGGGAUUACAUUCUACAGGGCCUGGAGGCUAAUGCAAAUUUGGUGUUGAGCAUAUCCCUCGCAGCACUGGGAUCUUUAAUGUGGCUACGUAAAAAUAAACCCAAGACCCUCAUUCCCAUAAUAUAUGUAUGUGCAGGAAUUGUAGCAACCAUGCCAUCAAUCACAAGCUAUCUGAGGCGUGGAUUGGGAUGGCACUUUCCAAAAAUCGUAGGUUUUGAACUCUUCACGUCGUUGGUGAUGGCAUUUAUAAGUUGGCAACUGUUUUCAGCUUGUCAAAGACCUUCACUGUGAGAAAGCUGAUUAGUAAUAUAAUGAUAGAAUCGUGUUUGGUUAUUGAAUGGCUAGAGUCUUGAUCCAGAUUCUGCUUCUUUAGCAACAGACUAGUGCGAACUGCCAUGUUUCUUAAAAAGUUUUAUUUAUUUAGAUGUUUGGUCAGUGAUAAUUUUUGGUAGUUUGAUUUUA